UCGGGGAGACGCCGGAGCUCCAGACACAGCAGGAGCGCGCCGCGCGGGUGCAGUCGCCAGGCAGCUCGCCCUGGCCGCCGCCGCGCACUCCGCCUCCGCGCUGAGCAGCGGGAACCGCAGCGAUUCGAGCCGCCGGGCUCAGCUCCGCUCCCGGGUCCGCGCUCCAGCCUGCUCCGCUCGCCGCACCGCCCCCGGCAGCGCUCAACCCUCAACGUUUGGACUUCCCUCUGCCGGCCUCUCCAGUCGCUAGAUCGCUGCCUUUGCUCCACUCUCCUCGCUGUUUGCUACACCACGCUAGCUCUACUAUUCUCCCGUUUAUCCAUAGGCACCCCUGCUUGCAUUUCCCCCGCUCCUUUAUAUAGAAAGCAUCAUUUUGAUUUAAGAUGAGUCGUCUUUUUUAAUCUCGCCGUUUCAGUACUGAAGACUGAAAGGGAACCUUGACCACCACUCCAACCCUGGUGGCACUUAAAAAAAAAAUCACAAUUUUAAAAGAAAGAACAAGAAAAAAAGAAAAGUCUUAAGAGGCAAAGGAGCAGAACUCGGGACCCUCUGCAGACCCUUGAUUCUGACCACCCAGGACUAUACUAGUCAUCAGAACUCCUAAUUUAUCUCAUUCAACUGAAAGGGAGGGCGACUGGAGCUAGAAGCAAACUUCGGUGGUCUCCCUGGAUCCUUGAUUCCCGCCUUGGAGGGGUCGAGCGCCAGAAGACACAGGAUCCCACCAGGAGGAGGAGUCCCGCGUUUCUCUCUUUUCUCCCACCAAGCCUGAACCUUAGACUGAGACACGCGGGAUAUAGAGGAGGAAAGGAUAGUAAAAGAUGCGGGGCUCCGGGCCCCGCGGUGCGGGACACCGACGGACCCAGGGCAGAGGUGGCGGCGACGACAUCCCCCGCAUCCCUGUCUCUCUGGCAGGCUGUUAUUCUGCACCUCUUAAGGGUCCCCUCUGGACGUGCCUCCUCUUAUGUGCGGCGCUCCGGACCCUUCUGGCCAGCCCCAGCAAUGAAGUGAAUUUACUGGACUCCCGCACUGUCAUGGGGGACCUUGGAUGGAUUGCUUUUCCAAAAAAUGGGUGGGAAGAGAUUGGCGAAGUUGAUGAAAACUAUGCCCCUAUCCACACAUACCAAGUAUGCAGAGUUAUGGAACAGAAUCAGAACAAUUGGCUGUUGACAAGUUGGAUAUCCAAUGAAGGUGCUUCCAGAAUCUUUAUUGAACUCAAAUUUACUCUAAGGGAUUGCAACAGCCUUCCUGGAGGACUGGGCACUUGUAAGGAGACAUUUAACAUGUAUUAUUUUGAAUCCGAUGAUGAGAAUGGAAGGAAGGUUAAAGAGAAUCAGUACAUCAAGAUUGAUACCAUUGCUGCUGAUGAGAGCUUUACAGAAUUAGAUCUUGGAGACCGUGUUAUGAAACUCAAUACGGAGGUCAGAGAUGUAGGACCUCUGAGUAAAAAGGGAUUUUAUCUCGCUUUCCAAGAUGUCGGUGCUUGCAUUGCUCUGGUUUCUGUGCGAGUGUACUAUAAGAAAUGUCCUUCUGUGGUAAGACACUUGGCUGUCUUCCCUGACACCAUCACUGGAGCUGAUUCUUCACAGUUGUUAGAGGUGUCAGGUUCCUGUGUCAACCAUUCUGUGACAGAUGAUCCUCCCAAAAUGCACUGCAGUGCUGAAGGAGAGUGGCUGGUUCCCAUUGGGAAAUGCAUGUGCAAGGCCGGAUAUGAAGAGAAAAAUGGCACCUGCCAAGUGUGCAGACCUGGGUUCUUCAAAGCUUCUCCUCACAGCCAGAGCUGCAGCAAAUGUCCACCUCACAGUUACACCCAUGAGGAAGCUUCCACCUCUUGUGUCUGUGAAAAGGAUUAUUUCAGGAGGGAAUCUGAUCCGCCCACAAUGGCAUGCACAAGACCCCCCUCAGCUCCUCGGAAUGCCAUCUCAAAUGUUAAUGAAACUAGUGUCUUUCUGGAGUGGAUUCCGCCUGCUGACACUGGUGGACGGAAAGAUGUAUCAUAUUAUAUUGCAUGCAAGAAGUGCAACUCCCAUGCAGGGGUGUGUGAGGAGUGUGGAGAUCAUGUCAGGUACCUCCCCCAGCAAAUCGGCCUGAAAAAUACCUCUGUCAUGAUGGUGGACCUACUUGCUCACACAAACUAUACCUUUGAAAUUGGGGCAGUGAAUGGAGUUUCCGACUUGAGCCCAGAGACCCAGCAGUAUGUGUCUGUAAAUGUAACCACGAAUCAAGCAGCUCCCUCGCCAGUCACCAACGUGAAAAGGGGAAAGAUUGCAAAGAACAGCAUCUCUUUGUCUUGGCAAGAGCCAGAUCGCCCCAAUGGAGUCAUCCUGGAGUAUGAAAUAAAGUACUUUGAAAAGGACCAAGAGACCAGCUAUACAAUUAUCAAGUCUAAAGAGACCACUAUUACCGCGGAGGGCCUGAAGCCUGCGUCUGUGUAUGUCUUCCAAAUUCGAGCACGAACAGCAGCAGGCUACGGUGUCUUCAGUCGAAGAUUUGAGUUUGAAACCACACCAGUGUCAGUAGCAGCAUCCAAUGAUCAAAGCCAGAUUCCCAUCAUUGCAGUGUCUGUGACCGUGGGAGUCAUCUUGUUGGCAGUGAUGAUUGGCUUCCUCCUCAGUGGCAGUUGCUGCGAGUGUGGCUGUGGACGGGCUUCUUCCCUGUGCGCUGUUGCCCAUCCAAGCCUAAUAUGGCGGUGUGGCUACAGCAAAGCCAAGCAGGAUCCAGAAGAGGAAAAGAUGCACUUUCAUAAUGGGCACAUUAAACUGCCAGGGGUCAGAACCUACAUUGAUCCUCAUACCUAUGAAGAUCCCAAUCAAGCUGUCCAUGAGUUUGCCAAGGAGAUCGAAGCUUCGUGCAUCACCAUUGAGAGAGUCAUUGGAGCAGGUGAAUUUGGUGAAGUUUGUAGUGGACGUUUGAAACUACCAGGAAAAAGAGAAUUACCUGUGGCUAUCAAAACUCUUAAAGUAGGAUAUACCGAGAAGCAGCGCAGAGAUUUUCUGGGCGAAGCAAGUAUCAUGGGACAGUUUGAUCAUCCGAACAUCAUCCAUCUAGAAGGUGUUGUGACCAAAAGCAAACCUGUGAUGAUAGUGACAGAGUAUAUGGAGAACGGCUCCUUGGACACGUUUUUAAAGAAAAACGAUGGCCAGUUCACUGUGAUUCAGCUUGUUGGCAUGCUGAGAGGCAUCGCUGCAGGAAUGAAGUACCUUUCUGACAUGGGCUACGUGCAUAGAGACCUUGCUGCUAGGAACAUCUUAAUCAACAGUAACCUUGUAUGCAAAGUGUCUGACUUUGGGCUUUCCAGGGUACUGGAAGAUGAUCCUGAGGCAGCCUACACCACAAGGGGAGGCAAAAUUCCAAUCAGAUGGACUGCCCCAGAAGCAAUAGCUUUUCGAAAGUUCACUUCUGCCAGUGAUGUCUGGAGCUAUGGAAUCGUUAUGUGGGAAGUUGUAUCCUAUGGGGAGAGACCCUACUGGGAGAUGACCAAUCAGGAUGUGAUCAAAGCAGUGGAAGAAGGCUACCGCCUGCCAAGCCCCAUGGAUUGCCCUGCUGCUCUCUAUCAAUUAAUGCUGGAUUGCUGGCAAAAAGAUCGAAAUAGCAGGCCCAAGUUUGAUGAAAUCGUCAACAUGCUGGACAAGCUGAUACGAAACCCAAGUAGUCUGAAGACACUGGUUAAUGCAUCAAGCAGGGUAUCUACUUUGUUGGCUGAGCAUGGUUCUCUGGGGUCAGGGGCCUACAGAUCAGUAGGUGAAUGGUUGGAAGCAAUCAAGAUGGGCCGGUAUACAGAAAUUUUCAUGGAAAAUGGAUACAGUUCAAUGGACGCUGUGGCUCAGGUUACCUUGGAGGACUUGAGGCGCCUGGGAGUGACUCUGGUCGGUCACCAGAAGAAGAUCAUGAGCAGCCUUCAAGAGAUGAAGGUGCAGCUGGUAAAUGGGAUGGUGCCAGUGUGACCUCUGUGUUUCACUUCUCCAAGUGAACAACUCUGCACUUUGUAAACAGCCCUGAGAUUUCUUUUAACAAUUCUAGGAGAAAAGGGAAAAGAGUGAUAUCUAAACCUUUGGAGGCAUUUGCCUCAGCCAUUGAAUUUGUAAUCAAUAUUUUACUAAAAUAUCCAUAUCUUCCUCUUAUUGUCUUCGUUUUAUGAACAAAUGUAACCUGCAUAGAGUGGAAACAUGGAGAUAAACAUUCUAUAAUAAAAUAGUAACUCAAUCCUUCCCCCAUUACUUCCACAGAAUCUAGUACAUGAAAUGUACCAAGACACAUCACCUUUACAGACAGUUAAGGUAGCCCCUUUCAAAACUUCCAGGGAUCUACUUGAAAGGAAAAGUUUUAAAGCCAUGUGUGGGCUAAGAAAAGCUGCAUUUCACUGACGUUUACUUCAAGUCUUAAUUGUCUACAUAGUGUAUUGAAGAGCAAUAUGAUUAGAUUAUUCCUUAAAAGCAGUUUGUAAAUUCAAAUGCAAUUACGUGUUAAGUUAUAGAAAAUAGUAUAUAAACAUUUUGCUUGGUCAAGGAAAAGUCCAAUACAGGGUGUAUAUUUAUCUUUUUGUAUUAUAUGAUUUACUUGUAGUUGCUCUUCUAGAGAACAUUAGAUAAUGAUUGUGUACGUACUGUAUGUAUAGUUUAUAAUAUGGCCAGGAACUGACUAAACUUGGAUUUGUGUGUGUCUGUGUGUGUGCGUGUAUGUAUGUGUGUGUGUUUGAAUAUGCAUACGAUAUUGUUCUGCUUGCCUUUUUAUGGUGUUUUAAAUUUGGAAGUAUACAGGAAAGGGUGUUCUAUGCUGUAAUAUGACCAAGAGAAAUAGGAAACAGUAUAACAAAAUCCAGUUCAAGUCUAUGUUGUUUUUCUCUCAUUUUGAAAGCAACUAUUUAGUUUAAUUAAACAGCUAAUGCCUCUAAGGUGAAAUCCCUUUGUGUUUUUACAAAUACAUUCUACUGUCUCUGACUAGGAAGUUCUAGCCGAUAGUCUUAUGCCCUACUAUGAAAUUACACCUUCCUAAGUUCCAGAAAACAUUUUCUCCAGCAACUUUGACAUUAGGGCACAUUUAUGUGAGUUGUAGAGAUCUGAGUAUGCUGGCUUCUGUUGGGGUCCAGGCGGGGGCACUCAAUGUCUCCCUUUGUGCUCUUCCUUGUAGUCACUGCCAUUGUGACUCAUCAGUACAAAGGGAGGCAGGGUGGGAGAUGUUUUUUAACUCAUAUUUUUGUUUUGAGGUUCUUUUGUAAGUAAUAACUCCUUGUUUACAUUUUAAUUACAUUCUGUCCACCAUUACAUAACCUUGAUUAUACUUUAAAGAACCAAUGAAAAGUAUUAAGAAAUUAGACUGGUUAAGUAAUAGAAAAUACUCCUUCCAUCCAUUUUAUAUAUUACACCAGUCAAGGGCUGUCAUUUGAGGUAAAGUUCACACGGUUUACUGAAAUGUUCAAAAAAGUGAGCAUGAUAGUGACAUGAACAUUUUAUGUUGUUACACUUCUGAAAUCAGGAGAAUAGUAUGUGGUAAUUGAGGAGCAGAGAAUUGAAAGGAGGACUUUCAGUGCUACCUUGGUAAAAGCAGGUAAGAGGAGCGAGAUCUGCAGGAGAGGUGUCAGGGUUUUGUGAGCCUUAGUCCUUGCUCUUAUGUUUGUUUCUCUUCAGUGUUAACCCAAUGAGAAAAGCAAUUAUGGAGCAGACUUUUCUCUCUCUCUCUCUCUCUCUCUCUCUCUCUCUCUCUCUCUCUCUCUCUCUCUCUCUCUCUCCCCUCUAUCUCUCUCUCUCUCCUCUCUCCUCUCCCUCCCUCUUUUUCUUUCUUUCCUAUUCUUUUUAAAAGUAUGAAUUUUCUCUUUGUUAGUGAAUAAUGAAAGAUCAAAACAACAACAAAGUAUUUGUAAGUCCCCACUGUAUUCUAGAAAUCUCUAUUACUUUAGUGAAGUUUUUAGAAAAUAUUGAAAGGAGCAAUGUAAUACUGUCUAGUUAAAAGUCGCAGAUAUAUUUUUUAAUAUCAUCUUUAAAAAAUGCAUUUAUACAAUUAAAAAACAUAAGAUCAUUAAAACUAAUUCCUAUCAAACAAAAUAAUUGAAGAUUUUAUUAUACUCUACUCACUUUUGAAAAUUUAUUUAAAUAUUAGUAAUAAAAUAAUUUAGAGAACUUCAUAACAACAAAAGCUUACAAAUGCACAUGUUAGAGCUUGUGCUAGCCACAACUAUAUGACUAUAAACACAAUACACACAAUAUAUUGUUUGAUAACUCUGUAUGUUCAGAGAUUAUUGGUAGGUCACUUAUACAUAAGUGGCUAGCAGUUGGAGUGAUAAUUUUUGCUUUCUCAAAAUAGAAUAUAAAUUAUUUUUAAUCAAAUUUACUUUUUUCCUUUACCAUUCAAGUGUUACAUUGGGAAAGUAAUUCAGACGAAUGUUGUAUGGUCACACAGCUUUCAUCCACAUCUAAAAUUCGGUUGAGAAUUUCUAAAGAAUGUCAAUAUGAUUUUAGAACAGAUAGACUUUUAAAUUGUAUGUGCUCUGCCCCCCAGAGAGGAAAGAAUGCCUUUCUAAAAUAUUUGUUCACCAUUGGACAUGUCACCAAUUGGAAAGUGUUAAUCUCAUCUAUGAAUGUGAGAAGGGGAUGAGGGAGAGGAGCCUGCUCUCGUAAAAUGUAGUGAGUCUGUCACUCAGCAUCGGACUUGGCAAAUUCCAGUGGUGUGAAUUCUUUUCCUGUGGAUUCAUUUUCUUACCCACUGGCCUCCAAAUCUAAAGAAUAGAUUUCAUAAUCCUCAUACAUGCAACUGAUUUGUAAAAUGAUAUAUAAUUUUAUUGUAAGAAGGUAUGACAGGGAAUUGCUCUGAACUGACUGAUUCUAUUUAAAGUCAUUCAGUUACUAUGUUUAUCAAUCAUAAUUUAUAUCUAAUCAUGCCAUUCACUAGUAUGGGUCUGACAAAAAUAAGUGAUCUUCCUGAAUUGUAAUAAUGAUAUGUAAAAUGUAAAGAUACUAAUUCUCAACAUUUGAAAACUGUAAUAUGCAUGGUUUUUAAUUCCUGUAUUUUAUUAAUCAACUCAGCAUUCUAAAGUAAUGGAAUCAUUGUACAAUUUACACAGAAAUAUUUUAUUAAAACAUAAGUGUGUCUAGAAUUUUUCAUUUUGGAAGUUUUCAAAAAUAAUGCGAAACACUCUUAACUCUGUUUAUAAAACAAUUCUAACCUCUGUGUAAUAAAAAGAGAUUCAACUUUCACAUCUCAUGUUAAAGUGGAGCUGUUAAAAUCGGUUGAGCACUUACACAUUUGCAUGUCUGCUAUUUGAAUUCUAUGUGGAAGUGAAAGAUAUUUGUAUGUCUAUUGAAGUGAGUUUUCAGAAGCACAAUGAGAAACACUCGCCUUUGGAAAGUGUUUGACUGUAUGGUACAUUAGAUGGCAAAGAGUGUCAGGUGUUAGAGUCUUAGUAGGUAUACAAUGUUGCAUAGUAGAAAAUAUCUCUGUCUCAUUUUGUUCUUACUAAAAAAUUAGGAGGGAAGACUAACUGUGAUAAUAAAAAAUCUUUGUUUAAAUUUUGCCAGAUGUUUAACCUCAGUGUAAAUAAGAAGUAAGGACAAUAUGAUGACGAUGGAGAUAAUAAUGAACAAAUGAACAGAAUCAUAAUGGUAGCUUUAUUUGAAAUUUGAUAGCUCGAAUAAGUCAUCAUUUUAUCUCAAUGCUAUAGCACAGCUGGUUACAUUGAAUAUUUUUGCUCUAUUAUGCUGUUAAUUAUAUAGUAAUGUAUCAAGAAAGAAAUAGAUAAGAAUUUUCUUCUCAUUUCUUGUUAAUUUAUAAGUCUUUCACACAUCAAUAGUUGAAUGUUCUUAUUCAGAAUGACCAUGUAAUUGUCACUUAGAAAAAGCUGCUAUUUCUUUUUUUUUAAGUGUGUUUAUAAUAAUGACUCAAGUUCCUUUUCUCAAUGUUAUUGGAAAAAGUAAAGUUGGCAAAAAUAUGUCCCAUGUUUUCAAGUUGGGUGCUAGAUUCACUGGUUUGAGUGGUCAGCUAUAUGUGAAUAUUUAGACUACUGUAGUUUUGCAAUUAAUUAUUUAAAAGAAGAUAUAUAAAUAUAUAAUGCAUUUGUAAUUGUCUGAGACUAAAGUCAGACUCUGUCCUUUGUUAAUAUGUUUAUCAAAAUCACUUAGUUUCAGGCAAAUCAUAGAGGUUUGUGGGGCCUAUCUGACUCUUCAGUAGGCGUCAGGAUAUCUGAGGUCCCUGACUCAAAGUAUAUUCAAGGAAGUAUGAGCGUUUUUGUCUUAGUUACCAUCCGCAUCUCUGUGAGCUUUC